CUGAAUAACCGCGGUUCGUAUCGUAACCUUGCGUUAAAGUCUUGUGGGGACGUAGUCUAUAUAAGCUCUGGAUAACUAAAGGUGCGGCUGUUUACCUCUUUAUAUUCACAUUAUCAGUGCCCACUAACAUGAGGUUUUAUUUUGUAGUUGCCACGGUGUUUACCGUAGCGUCAGCCCAACAAUAUACAACCCCCGUCCCCAUUCUUAAACAAAUAAACAAACACAACGAAGAUGGUUCCUACAGCUACGGUUACGAAGCUGCUGAUGGCACUUACAAAAUAGAAACCAAAUACCCCGAUGGAGAAGUUUUUGGCAAAUACGGCUACAUCGACGACCAGGGAAAACUGCGCACAGUGGAGUACGGUGCCAGCAGGAGAGGAUUCGAACCUGCAGGCAACGAAAUCCAAGUGCCACCUCCUACUCUUAAAGCUAACAACCAAUACGAGAGACCUUUAGGGCCAAACGAAGAAGAUGAUGGUCAAUACAGGGAAGACCCGAGCUUGUAUUACAAGAAUGACCCUUACUCAAGGGCACAACCUACGCAGUCUAGGUAUCCGCAAUCUAUUUACAGACAGCCACCUUUCGAACCCCAACCUGCCUAUGACCCUGAACCUACUUACAGUCCUCAACCUGCUUAUAGACCCCCAACUGCUUAUAGACCACAGCCUGCUUAUAGACCCAAAACUACGUACACGCCGCAACCUACUUAUCAACCUGCUUUUAGGCCGCAGCCUAGCUACAGUAACUUCGGUUUCUCCAGUCAACCUAACUACUACAACCCCCCACCACAGCCUGCGUACCCAAAUCACCAUCCUUUCCAAGGUCAUCCUGCUACAAACGUGGAUAUUAAUAGUGGGUCGUACAGCGUAAACUAUAGGAAAUAAGAAUAGUUCUGCAAAUCACCUGUUUAUUUAAUCACUUGUGUUAAAUUAAGAGAACGAACUAGUCGUAUUAAUUCUAAUUAAAUGUAAUUUCGCAGGCAACACUUAAGUUUAAGUAAGUUUAUUGUAACAAGUAUUUAUGCCCUACUGGUACUGUAAUUAAGCGAUUUAAGCAACUGUCUAUUUUUGUAUGGACGAACAAUAAAAGUUGUGAUAAACCGA